UUAGCAUUUGUCUUUCUUAUUAUCAUCAUCCAUUAUUCAUCCAUCUCCCUUUACCAUACUUUCUUUCUCUAGAUUUUCUUGAUUCUUAAUUUCUUUCCUCACUCACCCUUUUCUGUUUUGACUCAUCAAUCAUCACCAUCCACACUCAUAUUCAUAAAAGUUUGAAACUUUCAAGAAAACUCAAAAAGAAAAAGAAAAAAAAAUCCAACCUUGUGGUUGAGGAGUUGUUUUUUUAACACAACACAAUCAAAGGAUGAAGAUUUUCAUGAUGAUGUUUAUGUUUCUAUUAAUGAACAUGAUGUGUUUGAAGGGUUAUUCAACAUCUCCUACCCUUUCUCCAUCAUCAUCUAUAUGUCCUAUGGAUCUUAACUAUGUUCUUAGAAUCCAUUGGAACUCAUCAGCAUGUCAAAAUUUUGAGUCUUCAUCAUCCAAAAAAGAAGCAACUACAAGCACUUGUUGCAUAUCACUUUUAUCCCUUUUUGGAAUAGGAUUUGCACAACACUUAAAAGCAACUUCAAGUUUCAAUCUCCAAGACCUUCCAACUUCAAUUUCAUGCAUGCAAGAUUUUCAAUCAAAGCUUAAUUCUCUGUCACUCCCUAAAAACCUUACAAACUCUUGCUUUGACCCUCUUCAGUUUGUUAUCUCACCUAAUAUAUGUGCAGGCAUUGAAACUGUUCAUGAUUGGAACGAGAAGCUUGGUCCAAACACACCUCUUAAUUCUGCUUGUAAACCAGAUCUCACUGAUCUUUCUCAGUGUGAUGUGUGUUUGGCUGCAGGGUUACAAGUUAAGCAGAAGCUUGUUGCUCUUGAUGGUAACUCUUCUCGUUCAUUGAACUGUUUCUACUUUACAAUUCUUUAUGCUGCUGGAAUUGUGAAUGAGUUUGGACCUGAAAGUAAUGGUGCUGUUACUUGUGCUUUUAGUUUACCUGUUUAUUCAGAAGUUGGUUCUGGUUCAAAGGGUCAUCAGCGUCUUGUGUUUGGUUUAACAGGAGCUGGUGUUGCAUUGUUUGUUAUGUCUACUUUGUUGGGUUUAUAUGUUUGGUGUGAUAGGAGGAGGAGAAAGCUUGAAACUUUUCAAUUUGAUUUUGAUCCUGAGGAACAAGGGUCUAGGCGUAAGUUAAGGCCUAAUACAGGGUCAAUUUGGUACAAAAUUGAGGAACUUGAGAAAGCUACUGAUAAAUUUUCAACUAAGAAUUUUAUUGGUAGAGGUGGGUUUGGUCUUGUUUUCAAGGGAACUUUGCCUGAUGGAUCUGUUGUUGCUGUUAAAAGGGUUUUGGAAUCUGAUUUUCAAGGGGAUGUUGAGUUUUGUAAUGAGGUUGAGAUUAUUAGUAAUCUUAAGCACAGGAAUUUGUUGCCUCUUAGAGGUUGUUGUGUGGUUGAUGAGAAUGAUAAGAAUUAUGGUAAUAGAGGGGAAAGUCAAAGAUAUCUUGUUUAUGAUUACAUGCCAAAUGGAAACUUGGAAGAUCAUCUUUUUGUGUCAAAGGAUCCUCAAAAGGUUAAUAAAUCAUUGACUUGGCCUCUUAGGAAGAAUAUAAUUUUGGAUGUGGCAAAAGGGUUGGUUUAUUUGCACUAUGGAGUUAAGCCUGCAAUUUAUCAUAGGGAUAUAAAAGCCACUAAUAUAUUACUUGAUGAAGAUAUGAGAGCAAGAGUUGCUGAUUUUGGACUUGCUAAACAAAGUAGGGAGGGUCAGUCUCAUCUCACUACUAGAGUGGCCGGAACUCACGGAUAUUUAGCACCCGAAUACGCGCUCUACGGUCAGCUGACUGAGAAGAGUGAUGUAUAUAGCUUUGGCGUUGUUGUUUUGGAGAUAAUGUGUGGGAGGAAGGCGCUUGACUUGUCUUCAUCGGGGUCACCGCGGGCGUUUCUGAUCACCGAUUGGGCUUGGUCAUUGGUGAAAUCGGGGAAAAUUGACGAGGCUUUGGAUGCAUCUCUAUUGAAUGACGAAAACAAUUCCAGUUCAAAUCCUAAGAGCAUAAUGGAAAGGUUUUUGCUGGUUGGAAUUUUGUGUUCUCAUGUAAUGGUUGCUUUGAGGCCAACAAUUUCUGAUGCUUUGAAGAUGUUGGAAGGUGAUAUUGAAGUUCCUCAAAUUCCUGAUAGGCCUAUGCCUCUUGGCCAUCCUGCAUUUUAUAAUGAUGGCAACACUUUUAGCAUAUCUCCAGCGUUAAGCGGCCCGAAACUGCGCGCUGGAGACAUGCUCAGGUAAUUAAUUAAUAAGUUACCUUAGCAUUGCCCGAGUCUAGUCGAAUCGUCGUGUUGGUAACAUGAUGAUGAGUUCUUUUGAGAUUAAUAAACAUAUGAUGAGUAUCUCAAAUCUCAAGAGUACUGAAGCUAGCAAUCACAACUGUGCCUCAAGAAAUUCUAUCAAGUGUUUUAAUGUCAACCAGAAAGAAACUUAUCUCUUUAGAUCAGCUACCAGGAAGCAAGGUUCACUUGAUAUAAUAGUUUAGGAUAUUAGAAAAUGAUGUUGUAAGAAUGUUGCAUUAAUCACUUUUAGUUAUUUUCUUGUAAAACAAGGCACAAAUAAACCUGUAUAUAUGGAAAUGUUUAAGUGAUGUUGGAUUGCUUUUUCUCUUCCUCAGCAAAAUCUAUCCUGAUUUAUAUAAUGCUUGUUCUUAAGUUUUCA